UGUGUGUGUGUGUGUGUGUGUGUGUGUGUGUGUGUGUGUGUGUGCGUGAAAGGUGUUUGAACUGGUGUCCACAUCCAAUCAGAUGGACUGAAGAAAUGGGAAGUGUCCCGUUUGUGAUGACUCACCUGCUGUUUGCUCUGUGACUCAGCCACUGAUGGACCACAUUUCCCAUAAUGCCUUGCAGGAUUAUGAAACAGUUUCUGAGAGGCAGCACAGAGGAUGCAGAUUAGGAGAUUUGACCCACAUUUGAACACGUCAUGACUCACACUGGCUGGAUGAAAUCAGCUGUCACUCCUGGGAGUCCCACAUUGAAAGAGUUAAAAAGUGGGAGGAUGCGUGAGGGUCUGGAGUCAGAACAGAGUGUGCAAAAGAGGAGAGGAGCAGCCUGGAGAGAACCUGAUCGAGGGAUUACAUCUGCAUGAUGCUGGACAUGAGAAGACAAGGUCAGCCAAGUGCCUCUGCAGCAGCUCUGAGCUCAUCUGUUGAGUGCAGCACGACUGAAUUCAGCCUGUGAGGAGGGGGCUUUUUUUGGAGGGAGGAAAUCCUGCAAUAAGAGUUUAAAAGUGAAUAAUCACAAGAUGAGCCUAAACAGCAGUCAAACUCUGACCAUCGGUGGACAGGACUUAGUGAGGAAUGGCAGCCGGACCCCCAGGGAAGAUGCUGGAGCUGUUAUGAAGCCCUCCACACCCACAAAGAAACCCCAACCGCCCAGGCCGGAGAACGGCAUCACCAUCGCCGUGUCGUCCCGGGUCCUCUUCAACAUGGAGAAGGAGCAGCAGAUCUUCGAGCAGCAGGGCAUGGAGGAGUAUAUCAAGUACCAGGUGGAGCACGAGACGGAGCCCUUCAGUCCUGGACCCGCCUUCUCUUUCGUUAAGGCCCUGGAGGCCGUCAACACCCAGCUGAGGGAGCUUUACCCCGAGAGCGAGGAGCUGUUCGAUGUGGUUCUCAUCACCAACAACCACGCUUACGUUGGCCUGAGACUCAUCAACACCAUCAACCAUCACCAGUUGUUCAUCGAGCGCUUCUGUAUGACAGGAGGAAACAGUCCUAUAGGCUACUUGAAGGCCUACCACACUAACCUCUACCUGUCUGCUGACCCCGUCAAGGUCCACGAGGCUCUGGAGGAAGGUAUAGCAGCAGCCACCAUGUUCACCCAAGAGAAGAUGACAGAAGUGUCAGAGACYCAGCUCCGGGUUGCUUUCGAUGGCGACGCAGUGCUUUUCUCAGACGAGUCGGAGCAGAUCUUUAAGGCCCACGGACUCGACAAGUUCUUCGAGCACGAGAAGGCACACGAGAACAAACCUCUGGACCAUGGCCCAUUGAAAGGCUUCUUGGAAGUUUUGGGGAAACUACAGAAGAAGUUUUACGCCAAAGGUCAGCGCAUGGACUGCCCCAUCCGGACCUACCUGGUGACGGCUCGCAGCGCGGCCAGCUCUGGUGCCAGGGCCCUGAAGACGCUGCGCUCGUGGGGCCUGGAGAUCGACGAGGCCCUGUUCCUCGCGGGAGCACCCAAAGGCCCGAUGCUGGAGAAGAUCCGACCUCACAUCUUCUUCGACGACCAGAUGUUUCAYGUGGAGGGGGCAGCGGAGAUGGGGACGGUGGCGUGCCACGUGCCCUAUGGCAUUGCCCAGAGGAUCCCGAGGAAAGGAGUUAAAGACAAAGAGACGUCUCCUGCAGUUAAGUAGCACAAAAUGUCCUUGUGGACGCACGCAUCGUUUUGGUCCUACAGCUGCAUGAUAGGUGUAACCACUGCUGAAGGCGCAAAACUCAAGAAUUAAACUCCAUCUGAUGGAAUUUCAUGUUUAUGAUCGCACAAACCACAAAUUUUUUUUUAGAAAAGUUUAUCAAGAACUGGUUUGAAAUAUUAUCUUAUUUACACAAGAAAAUCCAUUUAACAAAACAUUUAGUGAAACCUUAUGAAAUAUUCAAAACGUCCGAUUGUUUUUGGAAGAAUUUAUAUUAAAACAUAUUUUUUAUUUGCUCACAAGUAUUUACAGCUAAAUGUUCUUUUUUUUUGGUAUAGCCAACA